AUGGACGGAAAGAAAUUGGAGUACAAAGGUGAGGCGGCACUGAAGGAGAUAGAGAGGAUGACAAAGAAUGGUGUUGAAAUUCAGGAAAGCCUUUUGAAACAGAUAUUAACUCAGAACAGAGAAACAGAGUAUUUGAAUAAGUACAUUAAGAAGGGAGAUCUUGUAACAACUGACGUCAUAGCAGAGUUCAAGCUUCAUGUUCCAGUUAUUAGUUAUGAAGAGAUCUUGCCAUAUAUCCAGAGAAUUGCAAAUGGGGAAGCCUCUUCUCUCAUCACUGCUCAACCAAUAACAGAGAUGUUAUGCAGUUCAGGAACAUCAGGAGGAAAGCCUAAACUGGUGCCAAUAGUUGCUGAAGAUCUUGACCGUCGAACCUUUUUGUACAAUCUCAUCAUGCCAAUCAUGAAUAAGUAUAUUCCUGGUCUUGACGAAGGCAAGGCAAUGUUUCUCAACUUUGUGAAGUCAGAAAUGUCCACUACUCCUUGUGGCUUACCUAUGAGAUCUGUGUUGACAAGCUUCUACAAGAGCAAGCAGUUCAAGUGCCGCCCACGUGAGCCUUGGAAUGAUUUCACAAGCCCUUACCAAACCCUCAUCUGUACUGACAUAAACCAAAGCAUGCAUUGUCAACUUGUAGCAGGUUUGGUCCAUCGACACCAGGUCCUAAGGCUUGGUGCUUCCUUUGCUUCUGCAUUUCUCAGAGCCAUUUCCUUCCUUGAACGUAACUGGAUGAGCCUCUGUGAGGACAUACGUAGUGGUCAGCUAAGUUCCUUCAUAACAGACCUAGGUUGCCGCUCUAGCAUGUCCGCAAUGCUUUCAUCCCCUAACCCACGUCUUGCAGAUGAGAUAACUAAAAUUUGCAGCCAAAAGUGUUGGAAGGGAAUUCUGUGUCAGCUUUGGCCUAAGGCCAAGUACAUAGAGGCAGUGAUCACUGGUUCCAUGGCUCAAUAUGUUCCUGCUCUGCAGUAUUAUAGUGAUGGGAAAUUGCCUUUGGUUUGUACUAGGUAUGCUUCGUCUGAGUGUUACUUUGGGGUCAACAUAAAACCUUUGAGUGACCCUGCAGAUGUUGCUUUUACAUUAGUGCCUAACAUGGGUUACUUUGAGUUCCUUCCUCUUGGAGAUAACGGGACACUAUUGAUAGACUUUGAGGAGGUGCAUGUCCCCAAUGACAAGCUCGUGGAUUUAGGGAAUGUCAAGCUUGGUUGCUUUUAUGAGAUUGUCGUCACCACCUUUGCUGGGCUAUACAGAUACCGUGUUGGUGAUGUACUUCAAGUGGUUGGAUUUUACAACAAAGCUCCACAAUUUCGAUUCAUCUGUAGGAAAAAUGUUGUGAUCAGCAUUGACAGUGACAAGACCAGUGAAGAGGAUUUGCACAAGAGCGUUACUGUGGCUAAGAAGUUGUUAGAGCCUUAUGAUACUCUCCUAGUGGAAUACACCAGUUACCCUGAUGCUUCUUCAGUACCCGGACACUAUGUACUGUACUGGGAAAUUCUGCAUUAUGAUUCAAAGAUGGAGUUAGGGGCUCCACUUGAUACAAAUGUUCUUGAGGAAUGUUGCAUUGUGGUUGAAGAGCAACUGGACUACAUAUACAGGCUUUUGCGCACUGACGGGUCAAUAGGACCACUUGAGAUACGCGUGGUGGAGGCAGGUACAUUUGAUGCAUUGAUGGACUUGUUCAUUAGCCAAGGGGCUUCAAUCAGUCAAUACAAAACACCAAGGUGCAUUAAAACUAAUAAAGCACUCAACCUGCUCAACUCCAAAGUUGUUGCUUCCUUUUUCAGUCCUAGAGUCCCCGAAUGGAAACCUAAGAAGGUGGAUUAAUUUGUUUGCUCUUGGUGCCAAAAUCAUGAGUCUAUAAAGUAAGCACUUUUUUAUAUAAAAAAAGGCUAUCAAUUUAAGAGGUAAGUGUGAUAAGGGAGUCGUGUGUAUAUGGAUUUGGUGUUUUUGUCAAGUUUUUGUUGAUUAGCUUCUGCCGUGCGAAUAUCCUUUGAUUGAAGGUGUGGGCUUUUCCGUUUUUCCUGUAUAGCGGCCGGAUUUCAUUUGCUCGGGUUCAACAUCUUCUCAAUUCUCAAGCUUUCCAGUGCUGCUAUGGUUAUUUGUAGGGGUGGCUUGCUAUUGGUUUGGGUUUUUAUUUGGUGCUUCUUACUUUUUGGUUUUUGAUGGGUUUUUUCUUCCUUGAAGGGUUGUUUCUCAAGCUUUCCUUAAAAGUGUGAUAAUUUAAUAAAAAUUGUGUUGAA